GUCUCUUAUAAUGGUUCCUCUACAUCAAUACACCCAUUAAGUCCCCCAUAAUGCACUGUCUUAAUACCACCCAUAAUGUGGCUAAAAAAAAAUCUCGAUUAAAGCCCGUAGCCGGUAGGAGUUCAACAGUCGAUCAUGGGCCUGAUUCAUAUGUACUCAUUUUUGUGUUGCACCCUUCAUUCUAGGGUUGGACAAUCGGUUAGCGGUUAACAAUUAACCGACCGGUUACAAUCGAAAUUGGCCGAUUAUCCACUAACCGAUAACCGAGAUAAUCGAAACUCGGUCGGUGUUCGGAGGCUGGGUGAUAUGGUUUUGAUCUUGGGGGUCGUUCAGUUAACUGAAAACCGAGAUAACCGAAUGCUUAACCGCUCUUUCUGUCGGUGGUCAGUAGGGUUGGGAGGUAGUUCGUUUGACCAAUAACCGACCCUUUGAUUAUCGGUUAUAACCGAACCGACCGGCCUCCACCCCUACUUCCUUCGAGCUGUUUGGUGUUUUGAUUGGUUGACCAGUCCUCUCCCAAUAGAAGCAGAAGAAUGAAGUAGUAGUCUUGUAGACCACUUGCUCACAUUCACAGCUCCAGAGAGAGACAGAGAUAGCAUCCAACAAUGGCGAAGUUCAUGAGCAUAUCCUCUGCUACAUCCAUUCCUCGGACCUCCUCAACUCCUUCCCCACUCCCUCUUCGUCCCCUCUCAGCAGCGUUUCACUCCAAGGUGGACUUGAGAUGGAGAGUCAAGUGCAUGACUUCCCCCGACACCAAACCCGAUACCCAAGUCCCCGCUUCUUCACCCCCGCCUUCUUCAUCAUCUCCCGCUUCGCCGGGCCUUUCCUCACACAGUUGGUCGGCCGCUCUUGGAGGUUUAGGGUUCGUCGAAACUGCCUACUUGACUUACCUUAAGCUCACUAAUUCUACCGCCUUUUGCCCCCUCGGCGGUGGCAUUGUUGGCGAUGCCGGCGGCUGUACCGACAUACUUGGAAGUGAUUACUCCCUUGUUUUCGGUGUUCCUCUCCCGUUGCUGGGGAUGGCUUCUUAUGGUUUCGUUGCUGCACUUGCUCUUCAGUUGUCUAAAAAUAGCUUGCCUUUUGGCUUUGGAGCCUCUGAUAGCAGGACACUCCUUCUAGGAGCCACCACUUCCUUGGCCGCUACAAGUGGAUAUCUUCUCUACAUUUUAACCACCCAAUUCCCUGGACAAUCAUGUCCUUAUUGUCUCUUCUCUGCUUUCCUAUCCUUUUCCCUAUUUCUCAUCACCGUCAAGGAACUUGGGUGGCAGGAGACUCAAAAGGUGUUGGGGUUGCAGCUUUGUAUAGCAAGCUUGGUAAUUGCCAGCUUGCGAUUCUCAUACGGGGCUCCUCUGCCUUUCACUCCCAGGCAACCUGAAAUCAACCUGGAAUAUAUCCCAACUGAGAUAACAACACCUUCAGCUCCUUUUACCAUUUCUCUUGCAAAGCAUCUACGUUCAAUUGGUGCAAGAAUGUACGGGGCAUUCUGGUGUUCACACUGUAUCGAGCAGAAAGAGAUGUUUGGUGAAGAGGCAGCCAAACUAUUGAACUAUGUCGAAUGUUUCCCUGAUGGAUUGAACAAAAACACGAAAAUGGCUCUGGAAUGUGUAGCUGCAGAUAUCAAGGGUUUCCCAACGUGGGUGAUCAAUGGCGAGGUUUUGAAUGGAGAGCUUACGCUGUCGGAGCUCGCACAGAAAUCUGGAUUCGAGCUUAGCGAUAAUGGAUCAACUAGUGUGACCUUGUUGGACUAGGGAGGUUGGACUGUAUCACUUGUACAGCUUAGACAGACGUAUACAACUUUCAUGGUUAAAAGAUAGUAGUUAUUACUGAUAAGCGUAGUAGUAAUGGACCUGGUGAUGUAUAUCGUGAAGCAUGUCACUGUCUGGCCAUUGUUGUACCCCUUUCUUCUUUGGUCGAUCCUUUGUUGGAACUCAGCUGGAAAUGUAGGACGGUGUGGAGCAGAUCCUCCACGCACUGCUUUGGUUGAGUCAAUUAUGUAUGGAGCGCACAAAUGAAUAAAACUAUGGGAUAAUACGACUAGGAAAUCCGAACUAUUAAAAAUGUGUCAUUUGUGUUUUAAAGUAUUUAAUAUGACAUUUGUAUCAUAAACUAUUUUUCGGUCUAACCGGCGUUGACCGUUAGUAUUUAACAAAUUGCAUAUUCUUAA